CGGCGGGGUGGGGUGGGGGGGGGGCCGCGGGAGCCGCCGCCGUUUCUUCACCGCCUCGCCAUGGACUCGGACGAGGGUUACAACUACGAGUUCGACGAGGACGAGGAGUGCAGCGAGGACAGCGGCGCGGAGGAGGACGAGGAGGACGAGGAGGAGGACGAGCCCGACGAUAACCUGGACCUGGGCGAGGUGGAGCUGGUGGAGCCCGGGCUGCGCGUCGGCGGAGAGCGCGACGGGCUGUUAGGCGGUGAAACGGGAGGGCUGGGCCCCGGCGGCGGCGGCGGUGGAGGCGGCCUGGGCGGCGGGCCGGGCCCCGGAGGCGGCGGUGGCCCCGAGCAGGAGGAGGAUUAUCGCUACGAGGUGCUGACGGCCGAACAGAUCCUGCAGCACAUGGUGGAGUGCAUCCGCGAGGUCAACGAGGUCAUCCAGAAUCCAGCGACUAUCACUCGAAUACUGCUUAGCCAUUUCAACUGGGAUAAAGAGAAGCUGAUGGAGAGGUACUUCGAUGGCAACUUGGAGAAGCUCUUUGCAGAGUGUCAUGUAAUUAAUCCAAGUAAAAAGUCUCGAACGCGCCAGAUGAACACAAGGUCAUCAGCCCAGGAUAUGCCUUGUCAGAUCUGCUAUCUGAACUACCCAAACUCGUACUUUACUGGCCUAGAGUGUGGACACAAGUUCUGUAUGCAGUGCUGGAGUGAAUAUUUAACUACCAAAAUAAUGGAGGAAGGCAUGGGACAGACCAUUUCAUGCCCUGCUCAUGGCUGUGAUAUCUUAGUCGAUGACAAUACAGUUAUGCGUCUGAUCACAGAUUCCAAGGUUAAAUUAAAGUACCAGCAUUUAAUAACCAAUAGUUUUGUAGAGUGUAAUCGACUGUUAAAAUGGUGUCCUGCCCCAGAUUGCCACCACGUUGUUAAAGUCCAAUAUCCUGAUGCUAAACCCGUUCGCUGCAAAUGUGGACGUCAGUUUUGCUUUAACUGUGGUGAAAACUGGCAUGAUCCUGUUAAAUGCAAGUGGUUAAAGAAAUGGAUUAAGAAGUGUGAUGAUGACAGUGAAACUUCUAAUUGGAUUGCAGCAAACACAAAGCUUUUGAAAAGUGCUUUCUCAAGUCCUCCAAGUGUGAUGCUGAGCUGCAGUCCUGUCCCACGUGGUCUCCAUUUGGGGAAGAAAACUUCCUGUAUUACCAAGAUGAAGGAAUGCCCAAAAUGCCACGUCACCAUCGAGAAGGACGGGGGCUGCAACCAUAUGGUCUGUCGGAACCAGAACUGCAAAGCGGAGUUCUGCUGGGUGUGUCUGGGCCCCUGGGAGCCCCACGGAUCUGCCUGGUACAACUGUAAUCGCUACAAUGAGGAUGAUGCAAAGGCAGCAAGGGAUGCACAGGAGGAAUUAACACAGCGAUCCAGAGCAGCCCUGCAGAGGUACCUGUUCUACUGCAACCGUUAUAUGAACCACAUGCAGAGCCUGCGCUUUGAGCACAAGCUCUAUGCUCAGGUGAAGCAGAAAAUGGAGGAGAUGCAGCAGCACAACAUGUCGUGGAUCGAGGUGCAGUUCCUGAAGAAAGCAGUCGACGUCCUCUGCCAGUGUCGUGCCACACUCAUGUACACUUACGUCUUUGCCUUCUACCUCAAAAAGAAUAAUCAGUCCAUUAUCUUUGAGAAUAACCAAGCAGACUUAGAGAAUGCUACAGAGGUGCUUUCUGGGUACCUUGAGCGAGAUAUAUCCCAAGAUUCGCUGCAAGACAUAAAGCAGAAAGUACAGGAUAAGUACAGAUACUGCGAGAGUCGACGAAGGGUUUUGUUGCAGCACGUGCAUGAAGGCUAUGAGAAGGACCUGUGGGAGUACAUUGAGGACUGAGACUGGCCCCGCAUAAAACGAACUCUGAAACCUUUGCCAUCUAGAGUGCUCAUGCGAUUCAAAUCAAAUACACACAAGGCGCUACGCCUGUUACACCGCUGGUCUGUAGUACCGGGAUUCUGUUUUGUUAACAGAAAAUUUAAGUAAAUUAUAUUGUAAUAAAAAAAAAAGGUAGAUAAACCAUUGUACAACAGUAUUCUAGGCGGCCAAUAAGAGUGUGACAGAUGCACUAAAAAAAAAAAAAAACCCUCCAACUUUAACUUGUAACGUAGCUUCAUUCUCCAAGCCGACUCCUUUUUCUUUUCUAUCUUUCUUUUCCUGUGUGUAGUACAGAUGAAAUUUAAACCAGUUUCUUGACACUGCUUUUCAUGUCCAAACCAGCCAUUUUGAUGUACCUUUGGUAAGGGGGGGGAUGGCUCUCCCGUCCCCCUCCUCCUCUCUGCCACCCAAGUACACGGAUGAAUGUCAAUUGGCUCAUUGUAAAGGUGAUUCUUGGGGAGGGGAGGAGGGGGGGGUACACAGCAAGGAAAAAAAAAAACUUUGUAUAUGACUUUUAAAACAAAAAGAGGACAACACAGUAUUUUUCAAAGUUGUAUAUAGCGCAUAUGCAUGGACAAAGAGCAAGCGUGGCACGUGUUUGCAUAAUGUUUAAUUACAAAAAAAAUAUUUAUUCUUUAAAAAUCUUCAAGAUUAUGUCUAUUUGCUGUGCAUUUUCUUUCAGUUUGAUUUUUUUGUUUUGUUUUGUUUUCCCUGGGAUGGGGUGGGGGAAGUGUGUGCUGGUGUAUUGAAUAUUUUUGGGGUGUGUUUGGUUUUUUUUGUUUUGUUUGUUUUUGUUUUUGUUUUUGUUUUUUUGGAAGGCUUUUACCAGAGAAGUUGGGUUUCUCCUCUUCCUGCAGUUCCUUUAUGUCCACAGCCUCCAGUUUUGUGUGUGUAUCCAUUGCUGGCAACGGACCCAUCCCCUCGCGUGCAGCUCCUGAUGCUCGGUAACCCUGUGUGCAUUGCGUUAGUGACCAAUGUACGCUGUGAUUCAGGACGCUUUGCCUUUUUUUUGGCCCCAGAUUGACACCUGCCCAAAUCCAACUCUGCUGUUCCCAUCCAUGCACGUGCAGAACACGUGCUCUGAACCCAGGAGGAGGUGUGUGUGUAUUUAGAGUUUUAUUUUUAAUUCCGAGGCAGGAAAAGGAGGGGUAUUUUGCACCACUUCUCAAAAGACUUAACAGAAAGAUUUCAGCUGUGGAUCUCCUCUCCCUCCCCCUUUCAUCUGUCAAAUGGACCGUUCCUUGCUGUUUAAGUUUCACUUACAUUAUAACGAGUCGUAACAUUGAAAAGGAAAGGUGAUGGAAUUGUCUUUGUGUUUGUUUUGGGCUCAAUUACUGGGCAUACUGUCCCAGCAACUAUUUAACACUCCAUCUAGUGCAGUAGAAGUUGAAAUCAGUGGGGUAUUUUUCAAUUAAAAGGGGAAAGAACUAAUGAGUUAGCUACUGAGUCCAUUUUUAUGAUUUCUGUAACAAGAGCUAUGUUAAAGUAAACAAUUGGUGGUGGUUUUAUUAAAUUUACUCCUGUAUAGGAA